GGCAGCCCGCGCUGCCUUCCCCGGAGCUCAGCUCUGCGCAGCGCAGCGCAGAGCAGCGCAACCAGCCCGGCGGCCAGCUGCGGCGUCCCGGUGCCCGCGCUCUGCCGCCACCGCCGUGCUCCUCUCCAGCGCACGGGGCAUGGGCAGAUCCGCUCAGGCGCUGCGUGUUCCACGGGCUUAGGAACAGCGGCGAUCGGCUGUCACGCCCAGACAAGACCUUUCUAGGGAGACCACCCGCCGCCCGCGUUCAGCGCGGGUGACAGCCGCUGCGGCGUGCGUGCUUGCAAGGGUGACAGCCGCCUCGCGGCGGAGACCUCCUCCCCUGCUCCGUGCGCCGUCCGUUUACCCCCGUCCUCCGCUCGGCAGUCCGCACCCGCAGCCUCCGGAGCGCGACGCGUGCGUCCCUAGCCUGUGUCUUUCCCUUGAGGAGAUCUCCACACUCCGGAGACGCGAUGACAAGUUAAUAUGGGCGCCCAUGCCUCUGCUUCCCAGGAGAAGAAUCGCCAGAGGCGGCCGUCCCCGGGCUUCUGAACAGGCCUCCCGCUGCUGCGACAUCCGCGCAGGUGGGACCUGCCGAGGGCAGUGACCAGCCCGCCACCCAGCAGGCGAGCUCGCAGGAUUUCCCCAGCUCCCCGGCCCGGGGAUUUUGUUUUAUUUUAUUUUAUUUUUUUCUCCACUGUUGGUGGGCGCCUCGCGGGCCGAAGCCCGGCGCCUGCUCGGCUGCCCGCGCUGCCUUUAGCGGUCGCCUCCGCAGCCGCUGCCAGGGACGUGCUGGGAAAGCCGAAGCCCGGGGAGAAGAUGCCGGCCAUCCUGGUAGCCUCCAAAAUGAAGUCGGGACUGCCCAAACCGGUGCACAGCGCCGCGCCCAUCCUGCACGUGCCCCCGGCCCGGACUGGUCCCCAGCCCUGCUACCUUAAGUUGGGAAGCAAGGUGGAGGUGAGCAAGACGGCCUACACUAGCCAGAUCCCCCUGAAAUCGCAGGGGCUGCAGGAGCCAACGGGGGAGGGGCUCCCGUUGCGGAAAAGCAGCUCUCUGGAGAACGGGUUCGAUACCCAGAUCUACACCGAUUGGGCCAAUCAUUACCUCGCCAAAUCUGGACACAAACGCCUCAUCAAGGACCUCCAGCAAGAUGUGACCGAUGGCGUGCUCCUGGCCCAGAUCAUCCAGGUUGUAGCGAAUGACAAGAUUGAAGACAUCAAUGGCUGUCCAAAGAACAGAUCGCAAAUGAUUGAGAACAUAGAUGCCUGCUUGAAUUUCCUGGCAGCUAAGGGAAUCAACACCCAGGGGCUGUCUGCAGAAGAGAUCAGGAAUGGGAACCUCAAAGCCAUCCUAGGCCUCUUCUUCAGCCUCUCCCGAUACAAGCAGCAACAGCAGCAACAGCCCCAGAAACAGCACCUCUCAUCGUCCCCUCUGCCACCUGCCGGGCCUCAGGUGGCCGGAGCCCCUCCCCAGUGCCAGGCUGGCAUUCCUCAGCAACAGGGGCUGGCCGCUCCCCAAGCCCCGUGCCAGCCUCUCCAACCAGCUUCAAACCAGCAAGCAAAAGCACAAGCGGAAAUGCAGUCCAGUGUGUCAUCCAAGGACUCAUCUCAAAGCAAAAUCAUCCGCUUCACUCUGGGUCAGAAAAAGAUCUCUAGACUUCCGGGUCCUACCGCAAGGGUGACUGCUGCAGGCAGCGAGGCCAAAACGCGGGGAGGGUCAGCUGCUGCCAACAACCGACGCAGCCAGAGCUUUAACAACUAUGACAAAUCCAAGCCUGUCACCUCUCCGCCACCACCGCCACCACCAAGUAACCAUGAAAAAGAGCCAUUGGCAAGCUCCGCUUCCUCCCAGCCCGGAAUGAGCGAAAAUGUACUUGCCUCCUUGGAGAACAGUCCUGCCAUUCCUGUUAACGGCUCCUCAGCCAUUCCCCAGCCCAGCAUGACCUCCAAGCCCUGGCGCAGCAAGUCCCUCAGUGUGAAGCAUAGUGCCACGUCAUCCAUGCUUUCAGUCAAGCCCGCUGGGCCCGAGGUUCCCAGGCCCACCCCUGAAGCCAUGAAGCCUGCCCCCAACAACCAGAAAUCCAUGUUGGAGAAGCUCAAACUUUUCAACAGUAAGGGGGGCUCCAAGGCAGGUGAAGGCUCGGCAUCCAGGGACACGAGCUGUGAGCGACUGGAGAUCCUGCCCAGCUUUGAAGAGUGCGAGGAGUUGGAAGCUGCUAGCAAGGCCCUUUCUACUGCGGGUCCUGCAUCCAGCAGCCCCAAGAUCGCACUCAAGGGCAUCGCACAGCGGACUUUCAGCAGGGCGCUUACCAACAAGAAGAGCUCCCCAAAGGGCAGCGACAAGGAGAAGGAGAAAGAAAAGGGCAAGGACCUCACCAAGAGGGUCUCCAUGACUGACAGGCCUGACCUCAAGGAAGAGCUCAGUGGGGUGUCUGUGACUGAGAUGCCCAAAAAGUCCUCCAAGAUUGCCAGCUUUAUCCCCAAAGGUGGGAAGCUCAACAGCACCAAGAAGGAGGCCACGGCUCCAUCCCACAGCGGAAUACCAAAACCAGGGAUGAAGAGCAUGCCCGGGAAGUCCCCAAGUGCUGCCACGCCUCCCAAAGAAGGAGAGCGGAGCCGAGGGAAGCUGAGCUCAGGGCUUCCCCCGCAGAAGCCCCAGCUGGACAGCAGACACUCCAGCUCCUCCUCCAGCUUGGCAUCCUCGGAGGGAAAAGGCCCCUCGGGGACCACUCUGAACCACAGCAUCAGCAGCCAGACUGUCAGUGGCUCCGUCGGGACCACCCAGACCACUGGAAGCAAUACCGUCAGUGUUCAGCUACCUCAGCCUCAGCAGCAAUACAACCAUCCCAACACAGCCACGGUUGCACCUUUCCUGUACAGGUCCCAGACGGACACCGAAGGGAAUGUCACUGCCGAGUCCAGCUCAGCAGGUGUGAGCAUGGAGCCCAGCCACUACACCAAGAGCGGACAGCCUGCUCUGGAGGAACUCACUGUGGAAGACCCUGAGGCGCGGCGUCUUCGGACAGUAAAGAACAUUGCGGAUCUACGGCAGAAUUUAGAAGAGACGAUGUCCAGUUUACGGGGAACUCAGGUUACACACAGUACAUUAGAAACUACGUUUGACACCAAUGUCACCACGGAGAUAAGUGGGCGCAGCCUCCUCAGCUUGACAGGAAGGCCCACUCCUCUGUCCUGGAGACUCGGGCAGUCCAGCCCUCGGCUGCAGGCAGGCGAUGCCCCCUCCAUGGGCAACGGGUACCCACCCCGAGCCAACGCCAGCCGCUUCAUCAGUGCGGAGGCAGGCCGCUACGUGUACUCUGCCCCUCUGAGAAGGCAACUGGCCUCCAGGGGCAGCAGCAUCUGCCACGUGGAUGUCUCGGACAAGGCAGGCGAUGACGUGGACCUGGAAGGCAUCAGCAUGGAUGCCCCUGGCUACAUGAGUGAUGGAGACGUCCUGAGCAAGAACAUCAGGGCUGAUGACAUCACCAGCGGGUACAUGACCGACGGUGGACUUGGCCUCUAUACUCGUCGCCUGAACCGGCUUCCCGAUGGGAUGGCUGUGGUGCGAGAGACCCUGCAGCGGAAUACCUCCCUGGGCCUCGGGGACGCCGACAGCUGGGAUGACAGCAGCUCCGUCAGCAGUGGCAUCAGCGACACCAUAGACAACCUCAGCACGGAUGACAUCAAUACCAGCUCAUCCAUCAGCUCCUACGCCAACACGCCUGCCUCCUCCCGAAGAAACCUGGAUGUGCAGACUGACGCCGAGAAGCAUUCACAGGUGGAGAGGAAUUCGCUGUGGUCUGGCGACGACAUCAAGAAAUCAGAUGGCGGCUCAGACAGCGGUGUGAAGAUGGAGCCGGGCUCCAAGUGGAGGCGGAACCCUUCAGACAUGUCGGAUGAGUCGGACAAAAGCGUGUCUGGCAAGAAGAAUCCCAUCAUCUCACAGACAGGCUCGUGGCGGCGGGGCAUGACAGCGGAAGUGGGCGUCACCGUGCCCAGGACGAAGCCAUCAGCUCCGACGGGCACACUGAAGACCCCGGGGACUGGAAAAACAGACGACGCCAAGGUCUCUGAGAAGGGAAGGCUUUCUCCCAAAGCCUCCCAGGUCAAGCGCUCCCCAUCGGAUGCUGGCCGCAGCAGUGGAGAUGAAGCCAAAAAAGCUCUCCCCAGCAGCUCUAGGACGCCCACUGCCAAUGCCAAUAGCUUUGGAUUCAAGAAACAGAGCGGCUCUGCCGCUGGGCUGGCCAUGAUCACAGCCAGUGGGGCCACUAUCACCAGCAGGUCUGCGACACUGGGUAAAAUCCCCAAAUCAUCGGCCCUUGUCGGUCGGUCCACGGGUCGGAAGACGAGCAUGGACGGAGCCCCAAACCAGGAUGAUAGUUACCUGUCUCUCAGCUCUCGGACGAACUUACAGUAUCGGAGCCUGCCCAGGCCCAGCAAGUCCAGCAGCCGGAAUGGGGCCGGGAACAGGUGCAGCACCAGCAGCAUCGACUCCAACAUGAGCAGCAAGUCAGCAGGCCUGCCAGUGCCUAAGCUGAGGGAGCCCUCCAAAACAUCCCUGGGCAGUUCGCUGCCAGGGCUCGUCAACCAGACAGACAAGGAGAAAGGCAUCUCUUCAGACAACGAGAGCGUGGCUUCCUGUAACUCUGUGAAAGCCAACCCGGCUACCCAGCAGGUGUGCGGCUCGGCCCAGGCCGCUCUGCAGCCAGGGGCCAAGUAUUCGGAUGUGGCCUCUCCCACACUCCGCAGACUCUUUGGUGGGAAGCCUACCAAGCAAGUGCCCAUCACCACAGCCGAAACCAUGAAAAGCGCAGUGGUUAUCUCCAACCCUCAUGCCACCAUGACCCAGCAAGGUAACCUAGAGUCCCCCUCAGGCAGUGGCGUCCUGAGCAGUGGGAGCAGCAGUCCUCUCUACAGUAAGAACGUGGACCUCAACCAGUCUCCGCUAGCCUCCAGCCCCAGCUCAGCCCACUCGGGCCCCUCCAACAGCCUCACCUGGGGUACCAGCUCGUCGGCAGUGAGCAAGGACGGCCUGGGCUUCCAGUCUGUUAGCAGCCUGCAUACCAGCUGCGAGUCCAUUGACAUAUCCCUCGGCAGCGGUGGGGGCCUGAGUCACAACUCCUCCCCUGGCCCAGUCACCUCCACUAAGGAAGACUCCCUGAUGCCUUUUGUCCGCACCAGCAGUGUGAAGACCACACUGUCAGAAAGCCCCCUCUCCUCCCCUGCUGCUAGCCCUAAGUUCUGCAGAAGUACCCUGCCCAGGAAACAGGACAGUGACCCGCACCUUGAUAGGAACACUUUGCCUAAGAAAGGACUCAGGUACACUCCCACCUCCCAGCUUCGCACACAGGAAGACGCCAAAGAAUGGUUGCGGUCCCACUCUGCUGGGGGCCUGCAGGACACUGCCGCCAACUCCCCCUUUUCCUCUGGCUCUAGUGUCACUUCUCCCUCCGGAACAAGAUUCAACUUCUCCCAGCUUGCAAGUCCCACCACUGUCACCCAGAUGAGCUUGUCCAACCCCACGAUGCUGAGGACCCACAGCCUGUCCAAUGCAGAUGGCCAGUAUGACCCCUACACUGACAGCCGCUUCCGGAACAGCUCCAUGUCUCUGGACGAGAAGAGCAGAACAAUGAGUCGGUCGGGCUCCUUCCGGGAUGGAUUUGAGGAAGUUCACGGCUCCUCCCUGUCCUUGGUCUCCAGCACGUCUUCCAUCUACUCCACGCCAGAAGAAAAAUGCCAGUCAGAGAUUCGAAAGCUGCGACGGGAGCUGGAUGCCUCCCAGGAAAAGGUGUCUGCGCUGACCACCCAGCUGACUGCAAAUGCUCACCUCGUGGCGGCCUUUGAGCAGAGUUUGGGAAACAUGACCAUCAGGCUGCAGAGUUUAACUAUGACUGCAGAGCAGAAGGAUUCAGAACUGAACGAGUUAAGAAAAACCAUCGAGCUGCUGAAGAAGCAGAAUGCGGCUGCCCAGGCCGCCAUUAACGGAGUGAUCAAUACACCAGAGCUCACCUGCAAAGGAAGUGGCGGCACCCAGGCGGCAGACCUACGUAUCCGCAGGCAGCACUCCUCUGACAGUGUCUCUAGUAUCAAUAGUGCCACCAGCCACUCGAGUGUGGGCAGCACCAUAGAGAGUGACUCGAAGAAGAAGAAGAGGAAAAAUUGGGUCAAUGAGUUGCGCAGCUCCUUCAAGCAAGCUUUUGGGAAGAAGAAGUCCCCCAAGUCAGCAUCCUCACACUCAGACAUCGAGGAGAUGACGGAUUCUUCAUUGCCUUCCUCACCAAAACUGCCACACAACGGAUCCACAGGCUCUACCCCGUUACUGAGGAAUGCCCACUCCAACUCUCUAAUUUCCGAGUGUGUGGACGGUGAAGCUGAGACAGUCAUGCAGCUGCGAAACGAGCUGAGAGACAAGGAGAUGAAGCUGACGGACAUCCGCCUGGAAGCGCUCAGCUCCGCCCACCAGCUGGACCAGCUCCGGGAGGCCAUGAACAGGAUGCAGAGUGAAAUAGAGAAGCUGAAAGCCGAGAAUGACCGACUGAAGUCCGAGUCUCAAGGCAGCGGCUGCAGCCGGGCCCCCUCUCAGGUGUCCAUCUCCGCUUCCCCAAGGCAGUCUUUGGGCCUCUCGCAGCACAGCCUGAACCUCCCAGAGUCCACCAGUCUAGACAUGUUGCUGGAUGACACUGGUGAAUGCUCGGCUCGGAAGGAAGGAGGCAGGCAUGUUAAGAUAGUUGUCAGCUUUCAGGAGACAAUGAAAUGGAAGGAGGACUCCAGACCACACCUAUUCCUUAUUGGCUGCAUUGGAGUCAGUGGCAAGACAAAAUGGGACGUGCUCGAUGGGGUGGUUAGACGGCUGUUCAAAGAAUACAUCAUCCACGUGGACCCGGUGAGUCAGCUGGGGCUGAACUCAGACAGCGUUCUUGGCUACAGCAUCGGUGAGAUCAAGCGCAGCAACACCUCAGAGACCCCCGAGCUCCUCCCUUGCGGCUAUCUGGUGGGUGAGAACACCACCAUCUUGGUGACUGUCAAAGGGCUCACGGAAAACAGCCUGGACUCUCUGGUGUUCGAGUCCCUGAUCCCCAAGCCCAUCCUGCAGCGCUACGUCUCCCUGCUCACCGAGCACCGGCGCAUCAUCCUCUCGGGCCCCAGCGGCACCGGGAAAACCUACCUGGCCAACCGGCUCUCCGAGUAUGUGGUCCUUCGGGAAGGACGGGAGCUGACAGACGGCGUCAUCGCCACCUUCAAUGUGGACCACAAGUCCAGCAAGGAGCUUCGCCAGUACCUGUCCAACCUGGCUGACCAGUGCAACAGCGAGAACAGUGCCGUGGACAUGCCGCUCGUCAUCAUCCUGGACAACCUGCACCACGUGAGCUCUCUGGGGGAGAUCUUCAACGGGCUGCUCAACUGCAAAUACCACAAAUGCCCUUACAUCAUCGGCACGAUGAAUCAGGCUACCUCUUCUACUCCCAACCUGCAGCUCCAUCAUAACUUCAGGUGGGUGCUUUGUGCCAACCACACGGAGCCCGUGAAGGGUUUCCUUGGCCGCUUCCUGAGGAGGAAGCUCAUGGAGACGGAGAUCAGUGGGCGGGUACGCAAUGUGGAGCUGGUGAAGAUCAUCAACUGGAUCCCCAAGGUCUGGCAUCACCUCAACCGCUUCCUGGAGGCCCACAGCUCCUCGGAUGUCACCAUCGGUCCCCGGCUCUUCCUGUCAUGUCCCAUCGAUGUGGAUGGUUCCAGAGUGUGGUUCACUGACCUGUGGAACUACUCCAUCAUCCCCUACCUCCUGGAAGCCGUCAGAGAAGGACUCCAGCUCUAUGGACGGCGUGCCCCCUGGGAAGACCCCGCCAAGUGGGUAAUGGACACCUACCCGUGGGCUGCCAGCCCACAGCAGCACGAGUGGCCUCCCCUUCUGCAGCUACGGCCUGAGGAUGUGGGGUUUGAUGGCUACUCCCUGCCCCGGGAGGGGUCGACGAGCAAGCAGGUGCCACCCAGUGACGCUGAAGGAGACCCCCUGGUGACCAUGCUGAUGAGGCUGCAGGAGGCAGCCAGCUACUCCAGCCCGCAGAGCUACGACAGUGACUCCAACAGCAACAGCCACCAUGACGACAUCCUGGACUCGUCCCUGGAAUCCACUCUGUGACCGAGGCGCGCCCCUCCCCCACUUCUCCUCGCCCCGUCCCACGCACCCUCCACCUCAUUCUGAAGAUGACUUCCUGAGCCAGCCCUGGCUGCCACCGCCUGGAAGCCAGAGCAGGGUGGCAGCCAUAGGAGACCCUCAUCCCCUGCACAGCUGUACUAGCCUCUGUCCCUGCUCUCAUUCUCGUCUUUGCCCUGUUGAUGUGGCCUCCGUGAGACACCGUAGAUACUCCACGGGAAAGGAUCCUCACCGUUGAAACAUAAAGAGAUCAAGUGGGAAUUUUCAAAAGUAAGAUCCCGCUCGGUGCCCUGAAACCCAGCAGCAUCCCCCUACACGCCAAUCCCAGGCAGAAAAGACUAGACCCGACUUGGAAACACAGACAACAGGGCUUCCCUCGGCACAGACCCUCCAGCUGGGGUCUGGCCACCAGCACCCCAGAGCCAUGCCACCCACUCUCCACGGAAGAAUUGGUGCUAAUGAGGGCGCUUGCUUGGAGCGCCGCCCAGGGACGCCUAGCCAUCAUAGUCUCUGUUUUCCACAUGGUGCUUCCUUCCCGAGAGGUGUUUUGUCUGUUCCAAUACACCCCUGCCCCUUUUCAGCCCACCGGCCCCAGUGAUCCGGGAGAGCCGAUAGGGCUAGCACCACAGAAAAGCGGGCCGUUUCCGUCGUCCGUCUAAAGGGUCAGGUUUCUGUCCGCAAACACUGUGUACUGUGCAGUAGUUCUUUGGAGAACUAUUGACCCCCUGCCUGUGUCUGCCUUUCUUCCUGGUUGAUUGUGAAGGUCCUCCCACCCCCGCCAGAACCAGUCCUGUGCUGAAGGAAAGAGCUGAAAAGUGGUUGAGUUUGGCACCACCUCGGCUUUUCGGCAUCCGCUGUCACGGUUCUGCGCCCCUCGCCGUCUCCUAUGGGGCUGUGGGCGUCCGCGUCCUCGCAGAUGGAUGAGGACCAGUUCUCCUCUGUGGGCGAGCCACAGACCUUUCCCUCCCGACUCUGGGAACCCCACUUCAUCACCUCAGUCACCCCAGCUACAGGAGCUGACAAUGUAUGUCCCCUCGUCAAAACACCGGCACUUUGCUCGGAACCGGCGUGACCCAGCUUAGCCAGGGAGGGGCUGCCACUCUUCCCAGAAACCUGGCCCUGCCUCCGUCCCGAUGAGCCUUGCCUGACCUCUUUGGUGCUGACCGCCCCCCCCCAUGCAAUGCCUUACUGGUUUUUGUACUGAACCGUGUCCGUUCACAUGCGUGUAGUGCGCCUGCCUGGGGUUGUGUGUGAGUGUGCUUCCCCCAUCCAAGUAAACAGGGCUAUGAGUCAUCUGUUCAUAAAGAGAACACGAGUUGCCGACUUCUCAUCUGAAAGACUCAUCUGUGUGGGUGUAUGAUUGUGGGGAAAAAAUAGAGCGAGAGCGAGAGAGAGAGAGAGAGAGAGAGAGAGAGAGAGAGAGAGAGAGAGAGAGAGAGAGAGCCAUUCUUUUUAGGUUCCUGUCAGUCUCCAGCCAGCAACCUCACUGGACAGUGGUCCCACAGGUUCAUGCGGCAUUGCAAAUCCCUUCUCUAGGAGACACAGCUCAGUGUGCCAUGACUUCAGCACGCUGGUGACCUCCUAACCAGGUAUGGACACCAUCACGCCCAUUGUGUCUUAGCGUCUUUCCUGGCUGCAGUGAGGGUGUCUCUGUUACCAAUCAGGGUUCCUAGUCCACCUUUCGCCAUUCUAUUGUUGGUUUGUCUCUUGGUAGUUUUUUAUUUUUAUUUUUAUUUUCUUACCCUAAGAACUUGACCCAAAACUGCUCACUUUGCUUGCGAUGGCGCUGUUUUUGUAUUAACCCAUUAACUGGUAAAUAGCAGCAUUUCCACUCCCUGCUGUAACCCCAGACUCAGUCUCCACCGCUCAUGUGGUGUGAGUGUGUCCUCUGUUGUGUUGUUUGUAGUAAGACUUCUAAACCGUAUGUCUAGCCUGUGAGCAGGGCCAAACCCUGAGCCUUCCAGUGUCCCUGAAGGGUUAGCCCUUCUCAGCCCUAUCCCCAACAACGCCGUACACGCUCAUACUGUGAAUUGAGGAGGUUUUGAAAUCGAGGCCCUCCUCCUGAGUGGUUUUCUCAGUCACCUUAGGAGUACACCCUGCUGUCCCGAGCUGUUGUCUCGAUGUUACCCAGACUUCUCUCCCUCCACACCCAGGUACACAACGGAAACCUGUGUACCUGCUGCUGCCCUGUGGCAGGCGAGCAGUGACGUAGUUACAUAGCCCUUGAGUGCUGCGAGGCGGGGCUGUCCCAAAGGCGCAUCUCCUACUGUGUGUGUCAUGAGUUUUCUUUCCUGUUGCUCAACCUUGGAUAAAGUGACUUGGGACUCAUUUAGGGCUCUGUCUAAAAUGCUUCCAUUUUUGCCUUUUUCUAUGGAUAGGCUAACUUUGAGAUGUAGUAAAUCCUAUGCAACACUGAUGCUGAGGUACCAGUAGGAGCCAAAAGCUUUCUUCCCAAGAGGCCGUCAAUGAGGCGGGAAAUCUUUUUAAUUUAAGGUUGCGGCGGAUCUUCCUCUGCUCGCGGGGACAUCUUAGAUUUUAUUGUUUAAUGUUCCACUUAAAAAUACUGUGUGCCCAAAUCUGACCAUGGCAAAUCUGUUUCAAAAGCAACUCUGCAGCUGUUGAAGGGAGGGUUUGCUGUUCUCACCUGCUUGUUUCAGGCCGAUCCGUCUAUGGAACAUGUUCUAUAAGAUGUACAUUUUUUCUUUUCGUUGUAACAUAGAAAUUGUAAAUAACCAAUGAAACUGCUGCAUUUUGAUGACUUUUUUCUAGCCAUUUUUAAAGAGAAAACUAGGAAUUGAGUAUUUUGUGUACGGUAUGUUUCCACCAUCCCCCCCUCCCCUCCGGCGCCCCCCCUCCCUAUUUAAUUCUCAUUUGUCAUGAGGUUUUUGGGUUUGAGAACAAUCCGCUGGAGAUCUGCCCCAUGUCAUAGAAAAUAAAGCCAAUGAUUGUACCACUCUUAAAUUAUUCAUGAUUCAAUAAAGUUAAUGCUUAUUUAUUCA